GAUCACCUUAUACACGUCGUAAUCCUUCCCCAACAGACGCGUAUCGAUUAGUCUAUGAGGGUGUACGAGAUUUCGGUCGGAUUUUAUUCAACAUAACCGGACUCGCAACGGCGACCCCAAAAAAGGAUGGUGAACUUGGUAGACCUCCCCGCCGAGCUUCUGCACAUAAUAUUCUCCAAUAUUGAAGGCGAAAAUGUCACGCUCAAUAACAUCUGUCUUGUUGGCAAUCAUACUCUUCUCGCGAUUGCUCGCCCUUUAACGUUUCGAGAGAUAAACAUCGCGUUUUCCUUACCUCUUCCCGAGAGCCACGAAUUCUACUCUAAAUUUCGCUCUGUCUAUUCCAAAGAAACCCGCCGUGAUUCGGUCCGGUUUAUCUCAUUUCGCUGCAGUGGCUUCCCAGACAUCAAAAUGUCCGAAAUAUUGGUCAAGCAGCUCCCUCGUUUUGCCGGCGUUACCCAUGCAUCAGUGGAAUGUGAAUACAACCACAACGAUGACGACGGUACAUGCUUAUCCAGUAUCCUCGUCCCGAUUAUCUUCAAAAUGCCAGCGCUAGAGAGUUUCUCUAUCUCAGCGUGUGACCUAGACGAUAAUUCCUUCUCGUUUGACUACUCUCGGCCCUUUUUGAAGCAUAUCAAGUUCGACCGCUUCGACAGUGGCCCCCUUUUGGAAUUCGCGCAUGUCGAUGGUGUACAGAUCAUCGAGGCAAGGGGACACUACGAUGAUUCCACGCUCAUGCAGACUUUGGAUGGGAUUUCCUCCCUUUCGGAAUCACAACAACGGCUCUUGACUCAUCUUGAUCUCCGAUGGACCUGUUUGGCAGCAGAGCCAUCACUUGGGGAAAGCUUGGAAGCCGAUGAUGUGGCCCAAUGGUUCGCGAUCCUUCCUGAAGGGUCUCUGCCCAAUCUGGAAGUACUCAUCGCAAUGCUUCCACUGCGUGAGCCGUAUGUAGGCUGCGUGCUUGAGAAACUUUCUGUAGGCAAGCUCAAAAAGCUGUGUAUUGGACAUCCCGAAGGGCGUUUGUAUGUUACUCCCUGGGCGGACAGACCUAUAGCCCUUCCCCUCUUGAAUGAAUUUACUUCCCUAGAGGAGGUAUUGCUGCCAUAUGGUGACGACGAGCAUGAUCCAAUAAUGAAAACUUUAGGAGCACCUCGUCUCGCUCACAUCCACUUUUUCGCCGGAACCAGGGUCAACCAUACGGUUCUGGUAGCGAAGAGAUGCGGAAAGGUUGUGAAAACUCUGCGAACGGUUUCGUGGGUAAAGCAGGUAACCAUAACCUUGGAACGCGAUACCAAGGGAGAUAUCAUCGGUACGGAAUCCAGCGUUUACCAAGAACCAGCUUGGCUUGAGUUUGGGACCGCAGCAGGCGGAUGGCGAGGAAAUGAAUAGAAAUCUCGUUUCGUCCUACGACAUACAUCGGACCAUUGUCGAUGCGUAGGGCACUUUUCAAAGCUGAAAUGCCAGGACUCGUUUUUUACAAUGAAUCCGAUUAGGAGUCGAUAAGUCUUGGAUUCAUGAUGAAAAGAUUGACAUUUGGG